GCAAAAUUAGGGUAGGUUCAUUUAAAAUCUUAUCAAGAACCCCUGGGCCAGAAAAGCUUACAUUUACAUGAAAGCUUCCUGAUAUAGUGCAGAUUCAAGUUUGUUCAAAUUAUGGCCCCGGGGAUAGGAUGGGGCCACAAUAUGGGAUCAAAGUUUUACAUAGAAAUAUAAAGGGAAAAUCUUCCCGAGAACCAAUGAUCCAGAAGAGCUAAGAUUUACAUGAAAGCUUCCUGACAUAGUGCAGAUUCAAAUUUGUUCAAAUCAUGGCCCCUGGGGGUAGGUUGGGGCCACAAUAGGGGAUAAAAAUUUUACAUACACUACUGUACAAAUAUAUAGGGAAAAUCUUGGGCCAAAGAAGUUGACACAUUUACAUGAUUGCUUUCUGACAUAGUGCAGAUUCAAGUUUGUAAAAGUCAUGUCCCCCAGGGGUAGGUUGGGGCCACAAUAGGGACUAAGGUUUUACAUGCAAAUAUAUAUGGAAAGUCUUCAGAUAUGGGCUCAGGUGAGCGAUGUGGCCCAUGGGCCUCUUGUUUUUUGUGGGGUUUUUUUCUUUUCAUUUUUAAAUGGUAGGUUAGAAGUCCAUUUAUGAAAGACAGAAUACGUUUAAUAGUAAAUUACUGAAGUUAAUCAAAUGACACUAAAAUAGACCUGUUGUCUCAUAUUGUUUUAUAUCUACAUGUACACUGUACAUUACUUUGUUUAUACGAUAUAAAGAAUGUUGAUAAAGUCAAAUGAUUCAACCAAUCAAAUUGCGAGUUACAUGUAAAAUUAAGUUAGAACAUUAGAUGUGAAAGUGAUAGCAAAUAUUUUUAUAUGACAACACUUAGUACGGUAUGGCAAUGGUGCAUGUCCGUUACUCUUCUUGUCCAGCUCGUACCGGCUUCCUCGUCUAUUUGUCUGCCUACCAGAGGGUACACCAAGCUGUAUACGCGGAUGUUGACAACGUGUUGCCGAGGAUCGAGCCUUGCGAUUGUUGAUCAAGUGUUCGAUUCAAAGAAAAAUUCGACUUUGAAUAGGAUUCCGAUACCUUGGCGAUGACUGCAAUUUCCAGGAGUUCAAAUACGCCAAUAGAAAAGAAAAAAUGAGAAUGAAUUUUACAUGAUUAUUCAAGAAAAUAAGAUCUGCAAAUAUCUCCACCGUUACCAUGACCAACAACAACACAGACAACAUCAAAAUGACAACAGUAGGAAAAGCCACAAUGAUAUAAGCAACAACAAAAGGCAACAACAAACACCAAAGAUAACACCAACAAGUCUUUGGGGGUGAUUCUGAUUUGCACUGAUCCUUCUGUCCUGAGAAUGACGACGAACUCGUAUCAUAAUCGCAGUGAACAUGGAAACGCAUCUGAAGAUGCGCGGAAUCCAAAUUUUAUAUACCCAUGUUCUCCAGACUACAGCUAUAAUUGUCCGGUCACGGUGCUAGCCCUGACCAUCACUCUUCUGGGUGUGGUUGGCAACCUAGCAGUGAUAAUCACGAUGGUCAGGCAAAGACGCUACAGGGUGACGUCACACUCGUGUAUCCUUGUAUUAGCGGUCAAUGAUCUUGUCUCGUUGCUGUGCAACACUUCUCGAGAGUGCAUAUACUUUCCGAACCAGUCUUACUUUGUUCACACCUAUGGGGCGUCUAGUACAUUUUGUAUCACUUUCUUUGUCGUAAAUUACACGCCGUAUCAGUGCUCCUGUUGGAAUGUUGUUUUUCUUGCAUAUGAAAGGUACGUUCUCAUGACCAGACCCCUGGUGUAUAUGCACACGCACACACCGAAGCUGGUAAUUAUCAGAGCACUGGUAGCGUUUACUAUCACCACCCUUAUCAAUCUCUGUUACUCUAUAGUUAUGACUAAUUUAUCCAAAUGUCCAGAAUUCAUCCUCCACCCGUCUUAUUAUGCCCUGAUUAGCGUUCCAUCCAUUUUCACUAGUUUCGUUUUCCUAGUUUUCUUUCACUUUUCAAAGGUGUCUAAAAUCCGGAAAAUGAAACUUCUAGAAGGAAGACACACACAGAUUAGAAAGAAGUUUUCUCGCAUGACAAACAUUGUGUAUGUUAUUGUCAUUAUUUACAUUUUGUCUCAAAUCCCCUACCUUCUCUUUGACGUCGUAACUACGUAUGAAACAUUCACAUUCAAGAUUUGGUCAUUAGAAACCUUCGACAUCGUCUUACACGUCGGAAUUGUUGUCUUUCUGUUGAAUUAUGCUGUCAAUCCUUUUGUUUACUGGAUUACUCCCCUUAGGUGCAGGUUUAGUCGAACCCCUCGAAGACAAAUAGCGUAUGAUAUCAGCAGUAUUGUUGACUGAUAACCAUUAGAAUUACUAAAGCAUGUAUUGAAGACGUUUUAAUAAGACUGUAGAAAUGUGUUGUUCAUGUACAUCGAUUGAUCUUAUUUCAUUUCUAAUGCCUAGUUUGAUGAUAUUUAAAUUGGUAUCCAAUAUGUUGUACAUUGAUCUAUGCGUUU